AUGCCGCCAUUCGACAGUAGUGCGUUCAGCGAUAAAACAAAUCUAAAACAUAAUGUUUCAGAAGACCAAAAACACCUCCAGAUAGAAGAGAUAAUUUUAAAAAGCAUAAAUGACCAAGAAAGCCUUUUUACUCGUGCAUUCUUUAAUGAACAAACAAAACACGAGUAUACAGAGACGUAUGCAAAUGAUAUAAUUGAUAUGUGCAGUGCUUACAAUUUAGAUGAAAUGAUGUAUAAUCUCCCAAACACUGGGGUAGAUGCAUAUACACAAAGAUCAUUCCUUGCUGAAUCAGAAGAUGCAAUAGAUCCAUUAUCUAAGUCUAAGUAUAAGCAGAAGAAUAUAAUCAAGAAAGAAGGGGAAGAGAACAGGCCAUUUGUAUGCACAUACUCUAACUGCCAAAAGGCCUUUAAAAGAUUUGAGCAUUUAAAAAGACAUUACCGAAUACACACCGGGGAAAAGCCUUUUAAGUGCUCCAUAUACGGGUGUAACAAAACAUUCUCACGUUCUGACAAUUUAAUGCAGCAUGAGAAGAUCCAUACAAGCAAAAGACCGUAGAUGUUUUUAUCACA